GCCCUUCUGACGAGGCUGUGGCCUGCGAGCCGGAAGGGGAUGGGCAAGCUGGACAACGAAGUGGUGAGGAGGUGCUGCUCUGCAGCCUUCGACGCCCAUAAGUCCAGAUCCCGCUUUACCCUCAAAAAAUCGGUCAGAACCCACGCCAUCUUCGCCUUCCCCUGCUCCUGGUCCGUCGGCGACUGGUUCCGGCGGGAAGGCUUCGGCGAGUCGAAGGUCGAUCCCACCCUCUUUCCGUCCCUGAAAGUUCUCGGCACCGGCGUCGUAGCCUGCGCGAACGAAGCCUUCUCCUCCCGAUUCCGGCACGUCCUGGAGGCGACCAGUCUAGAACUCGAGGUGACCAAGGCAAUCAAAAAGAAGAGGAAGAUAGUCUUUACUGGGCAUUCAAGUGGAGGUGCUCUAGCAAUUCUUGCAACCAUCUGGCUGCUAGAACGGCGUCUAGAUUCCUGUACUCCACUCUGUGUAACCUUCGGUUCCCCACUGGUUGGGGACAAGACCUUUGGCCAUGCAAUCAGGAGAGAAGGCUGGUCCUCUUACUUCCAACACAUAGUCUUCACCAGGGACAUUACCCCCUGCAUCGCUCUUGCUCCAUUAGAGGACAUUGAAACAGAAUUCCAGGCCAUUCUUCAGCAAUGGAAACCCAAGAAGCAAGCGCAGAGCUCAAUCUCCCUGUCCAGCGCGGGUUUUGAUCAGUUGAUCAUCGACUUCUUCACCACUGUGAUCAACAAUGCUUUCUCUGCUGCAAGCCAUGAUUCCUGCGUACUGAGGUGCUGCAGCAGUGGAAUAGCUCUGUUGGGGGCAGUCGGUAGGACGGUAAAGGUCAGCCCUUACAGGCCUUUUGGGAGCUUUGUGUUCUGCUGUGGUGGGGGAAGGAUGGUGUGGGUGGACAACCAUGAUGCUGUCUUGCAGCUCUUGUUCUACACCCUUCAGUUGGAGGACAUCUAUGGAAAUAUCACUGCGGCUGUACGCUAUAGUGUCAUGGACCAACAGAAGAAUUACAAGACAGAGGUCAAAGAGUAUCUGAAGAAGAUGAACAUAGUUGUGUUGAAUCGCUUGGAGGAGAUUCCUCUUAGUCCGCUUGAUGUUUGUGCUGGCUGGACCAGCAACAUUGAUUCUGCCCUCAGAGAAAUGGGUUUGAGCGUGGAAGCAAGGCUUAGCCUGCGGGCCGCAGGGGAAGUGGAGAAGGAGAAGACCAAGAACCAGGAAAGAGUUGAAGGGUACUACCCCAAAGUCCAGGAUUACCUAGCAACCUUUCAAGCCUACCGAACAAUCUGUGAGGCCAAGGGCAUGUGCUACUAUGAUGCAUUCAAGCUUCAUAGGGACCUAGAGGACUUCAAAGCCUAUGUGGAUCGCUUCGAACUGAUUGGCAUCUGGGAAGAGACGAGAGAAAUGUUCCGGAACUUCGAGUUGCCGGACUCGUUCGAGUUGGACCGGAACUUGGUUAAAAUUGCGACGGAUUUUCGCCUCUUGCUCGAGCCAAUCGACAUAGCCAACUACUAUCGGCGCGACCUAUACCGAGAUGCUGGGCUCUAUGAAACCGAUUCAAUUGCAAGACCCAAGUAUUACAAGUACCCAGAGAGUUGGCUCAAGCACUUGCAGAGGUUCAUACCAGAGGAUGAAGACGAGCUGGGAAGAGGGAAAGUGAGCUUGGAUUCCUGCUUCUGGGCAAGGGUGGAGAACAUGUGCCUGGAGCUGAGAAAAGGGACGGAAUUUGCCGAAAUAGAAAGGGUAGUUUUGGAAUUUGAGGAUGAGGUCUGUGCGUGGUUCGAUAGGGGUGAACUGGGUCCGGAUGUGCUCAUGGAGGGCUCGACCUUCUUGAAGUGGUGGGCAAUGUUGCCGCCGCACCACCGGGCUAGGUCCUCUAUCCGGGAGCGCAUGGAAGCAAGGUGUGCUAAUGGAGACGUCAACUUUCAUGGAGGUUCUUAUAUUUGAAGAGGCAUGAGGUCCUUAUGAUCGUUGAAUGUCUAGUCCAGCCAAUGAACCUACCCAGGUCCAUAUCAGUUCAUAGUUGAGAACUUGGACUUAGACUAAGUGGGCUAGGACCAAGUUGGGCCAGGUCAACCUGCUCGGCUCGACCCUAACUGGCGAGCAGAACUUGGCCGUGUUCUUCAGUGCAACUCAAGUUAAACUUUUCAAGUCUCUGCAACAUGCCUCCUCCUCACGUGUACAGCAUGGUUCUGGCCGACAGUGGAGUGCCUUUUAGGAGCUUAGCCAAGGAUAGCUUGAUCUAGAAAUCUAGAGAGAAUUCAAAACUGUGUCUCCUUUAUGUUGUGAUUAUCAUCCCAAUAAACAGAACAAGAAAUAUAUGAAAACACAUUUUUCAACAUAUGAGAACGAACCAUUGAUUCUUUUAUUCAUCAA